GGCGCCCGUGGGCGCCCGAUAUUAACGAAACGAACGCGAUCUCGAUAGCCUCGUCAAGAAUUUAUCGAUCGACAACGCACUUCCAUUCUGUGUAAAUGAUUACGCAAACGGGCCAUGCAUUUGCAUCGAAUCAUUGUGCGUUCGGGGAGCCGCGAACUUCGACACCGUAACAAAAGAAAAUAUGCCACCUCAGUUGCUUCCGAGCAUUCGAGACAUUCGUUCGAAAUAGCUCCUACACGUUGGACACGCUGCUCUCCUUCCAAAACUCUGUACAGAUUUCCGGAAUAUUCAGCGAGAAAAGUCGAGCAGGAGAAUGACGAAGACGUACACUUGGGAGGAAGUCGCGAAGCACAACAGCGACAAAGAUCUAUGGAUGGUGUACCAAGAUGGCGUGUACGACCUGACCAAGUUUUUCAAGGAACAUCCAGGUGGCGAGGAAGUGUUGUUGGAUCUUGCUGGCAAGGACGGAACCAGCUGUUUCGACGACAUCGGUCAUUCCGGGGAGGCUAUACAGCUGAGAGAGUCGUACAAAAUCGGGACGGUAGUCGGACCUACCCUCGCAGAGGCUUCCUCGAGCGGCGUGCAAAGCACGACGACGGACGAUGACAACUGGGAGUACGAGCCGCCCAAGUACGAAACUUCACCCUGGCAGCCGGUGUUCAUCGCAGCUGGUGUCGCCAUUUAUGCAUUCAUCAUUUAUUACUUCUGGUACUCGUAAGGCAAAUAAAAUUAAGAAGAAUCCACGAUCCUAACGAA